AUGCAGGUGAUAACGUGCGCCCUGCUGCUCGCCGCUCUCCCCGUCAGCAGCGCCGGCUCGGAGGCUGACUCCUGCCCGGCGGUGUGCGAGUGCUCGGAGUGGGGUGAUCGAACCAUCUCCUGCUUUGACGUCGAUUCUCUCCCGACGUUUCCAGCCAGCACCGAGGCGCUAUGGCUUUUUGAGACCCGUCUGAUGUCUUUCUCAGCAGAUGCUUUUGCCAAUAUGCUCAACAUCUCAAGAAUAUAUUUAUCUGUGGAUGUGAGGCUACAGAGGCUGGAGAGACACUCGUUUUACAACCUGAAGAAAAUCACCCAUAUAGAGAUUCGAAACACAAAAAAUCUGACGUAUGUUGACCCAGAAGCCUUUAAACAUCUCCCGAACCUCAAGUACUUGGGGAUUUUCAACACAGGCUUGACAGUUUUUCCUGCUCUGAGCAACAUCCACUCAAAUUAUAUGAACUUCAUUCUGGAAAUAAUUGAUCACCCCUUCAUCACUGAGGUUCCUGCCAACUCGUUUCAUGGCAUCACAAGUGAAGUGUUGACAGUCAUGCUGUAUGGAAAUGGCUUCAGAGAAAUCCAGCAUCACGCCUUUAAUGGGACAAAGUUAGACCAAGUGGACCUUCACAGGAAUAGGUAUUUGACCAGGGUGGAUAACAAGGCGUUUGCAGGAACCAUCAGCGGCCCCAUGCUUCUAGACAUAUCCCAAACAGGGAUCACAUCCCUACCUUCUACAGGCAUGGCCUUUUUGAGAGAACUGAAGGCACGGGAUACCUGGGCUCUUAAAAAACUUCCAGCCAUCAAGACCUUCAAGCAACUCACCACCGCCAACCUCACCUACCCCAGCCACUGCUGUGGCUUCAAGAACCUAAAAAAGAAACGAGGCUUUUUGGAGUACAUCAUCUGUAACCUUACGGCAUACUAUGAGUAUCAGAAGCACUCCGUGGGGCCCCUCGGCACGCCAUCCCUUCAGGGGGACAGCGUUGUGGAAACAGCCCCAGACCAGGAACAGAGCAGCGAAGGUCACGGAGAGUCACAGCACAACUGGAAAAGAGGAGACUUCCAGGGCAGUCUCCACUAUCAUGCCUAUUUUGGAGGCCAGCAAGAUGAGGAAGUGGGUUUUGGAGCGACCCUCAAGAACCCUGAGGAGGACAACAGUCAAGAUUUUGACAGUCGUUAUGAUUAUGUGGUAUGCGAAGAAGGAGAGGAGGUGACAUGUUCACCAGUCCCUGAUGAGUUCAAUCCCUGUGAGGACAUAAUGGGCUUUGGUUUCCUACGGGUGUCUGUGUGGUUUGUGAGUUUGUUGGCGGUUCUUGGAAACAUGGUGGUGCUCCUGAUACUGCUCACCAGUCACUACAAGCUCUCCGUCUCACGCUUCCUCAUGUGCCAUCUGGCCUUCGCAGACCUGUGCAUGGGGAUUUACCUGCUGCUCAUCGCCUCUGUGGACCUCCACACUCGCUCCGAGUACUUCAACCACGCCAUAGACUGGCAGACAGGACCUGGGUGUGGACUCGCUGGGUUUUUCACUGUCUUUGCCAGCGAGCUGUCUGUUUACACCCUGACAGUGAUCACUCUGGAGAGAUGGUAUGCCAUCACCUUUGCCAUGCGGCUGGAUCGCAAGCUGCGACUCCACCAUGCAGCAAUCGUCAUGUCAGGUGGCUGGAUCUUCUGCCUCCUCCUGGCCCUGCUGCCACUAGUUGGAGUGAGCAGUUACCAGAAGGUCAGUAUCUGUCUUCCAAUGGACACCCAGUCCACAGCGGCGCAGGUCUACAUUUUAUUGGUGUUGGUUCUGAACAUCCUGGCUUUUUUUGUUAUCUGUGGUUGCUACUUCAAGAUCUACUGCACAGUCCACAACCCUCAAUACCGCUCAGGAUCCAAAGACGCCAACAUUGCCAAGCGCAUGGCGAUCCUCAUCUUCACUGACUUUCUAUGCAUGGCUCCUAUUUCCUUUUACGCCAUGUCAGCCGUGCUAGACCAACCCCUUAUCACAGUCUCGAACUCUAAGAUCCUGUUGGUUCUCUUUUACCCCCUUAAUUCUUGUGCCAACCCUUUUCUUUACGCUAUCUUCACCAAGGCAUUCAGGGGAGACAUAUUUAUCCUCCUCAGUAAGGUUGGCCUGUGUCAGCAACAAGCACAACUGUUCAGAGGCCAGACCGUCUCAUCAAAGGGCAGCAGCGGGACUUUCCAAGUCCGUAGAGACAAGAUUCGAAAAGGAGGAAGCAUCGGCCAAGAAGACGUAUCCAUUAACCUAAAGAGCUUCACUGGACAAACAAUCAACCAGAAGACAAUCACUGAGGAGAGCCAAAGCCUGAACAUGUAA